UAGUGGUGAAAACAGCGCACAAUCACAUGUUGUUGCUCUUGAGUAUGUCCUGACCGCUAGCUGAUGGACUAUGAAGUAAAAAAAAGGCGUUGUUUUAGUACGAUCCAUAUGGUCAGGUCAAAUCUAAUCGAAGCUACUAAACUGAACACGAACUUGAAAUGUCUACAUGUAGAUAGCCAGCGGUCAUCGCUUUUAUACUGAGUGUCCUAAGUUACUGUGGAACACGGCUGCCAGUCAGGCAAGAUGGACACCGCAGAGGAAGCAGACAUCUGUCGGGUAUGUCGUUCGGAGGGGACCCAGGAUAAGCCGCUCUACCACCCCUGUGUCUGCACGGGCAGCAUCAAGUUUAUCCAUCAGGAAUGCUUACUACAGUGGUUGAAACACAGCAGAAAAGAAUACUGCGAAUUAUGCAAACACAGGUUUGCAUUUACACCAAUCUACUCUCCAGACAUGCCGUCUCGCUUGCCUGUCCAAGACAUCUUUGCAGGGCUGGUCACCAGUAUUGGAACAGCCAUCAGAUACUGGUUCCACUAUACACUAGUGGCCUUUGCCUGGCUAGGCGUGGUGCCUCUCACAGCAUGUCGUAUCUACAAGUGUUUAUUUACCGGCUCUGUGAGCUCUCUCCUUACCCUGCCAUUAGAUAUGCUUUCAACACAAAACCUGCUUGCAGACUGCCUCCAGGGCUGUUUUGUUGUCACUUGCACACUGUGUGCAUUCAUCAGCCUGGUGUGGCUUAGAGAGCAGAUUGUCCAUGGUGGUGCCCCUCAGUGGUUAGAGCAGAAUCAACCCCCUCUGGUUCCUCACCAGCCCAACGGCCCUGCACCAGCCAAUGAGGUUCCAGGCGGUAACAUUGGAGUCAACGCCCAGGCUGCUGCUGACGGCCCAGCAGCCCAGCAGCCUGCAGACGCUGCUCCAGACGGGUUGGCACCUGUCAACCCACACGAGGCUGGCAACCAAGGAGAUGAGGCUGAACUUGAUGACGAGGAAGGAGAUGAGGAGGAGGAGGAGGAAGAUGAAGAGGACGACGACGACGAAGAAGAAGGCAGGGAAGAGGAUGCUGCUGAUGGCAAUAAUGGGGGACAAGAAGAUUUGAACUGGAACGCCCUGGAGUGGGACCGUGCAGCAGAGGAGCUGACCUGGGAAAGGAUGCUGGGGCUGGACGGCUCCUUAGUUUUCUUGGAGCAUGUGUUCUGGGUGGUGUCUCUCAACACACUCUUUAUUCUUGUCUUUGCUUUUUGCCCGUAUCAUAUUGGCCAUUUUUCAGUGGUUGGACUGGGCUUUGAAGAUUAUGUCAAAGCUUCACACUUUGACGGCCUCGUCACCUCCAUACUGGGCUACAUCCUUCUGGCUGGAGCUCUCAUAGUCUGCCAUGCAUUGGCUUCAUUAGUGAAGUUCCAGCGGUCCAGACGCCUCCUGGGCGUCUGCUACAUUGUUGUCAAGGUGUCCCUGCUGGUUGUCAUGGAGAUAGGCUUGUUCCCGCUGAUUUGUGGUUGGUGGCUCGACAUUUGCUCACUGGAGAUGUUUGAUGCAACUCUUAAAGACAGGGAGCAGAGUUUUGACUCAGCCCCUGGUACCACCAUGUUCCUCCACUGGUUGGUCGGCAUGGUCUACGUCUUCUACUUUGCCUCCUUCAUCCUUCUGCUCAGAGAGGUGCUCCGGCCUGGUGUGCUGUGGUUCCUGAGGAACCUGAACGAUCCAGACUUCAACCCAGUCCAAGAGAUGAUCCACCUGCCCAUCUACAGACACCUGCGGAGGUUUAUACUCUCUGUGGUGGUGUUUGGCUCCAUAGUUCUGCUGAUGCUUUGGCUUCCUGUCAGAAUCAUUAAAUUGCUCUUCCCAACCUUCCUUCCCUACAACGUCAUGUUGUACAGCGAUGCCCCGGUCAGUGAGCUGUCAUUGGAGCUGCUGUUGCUUCAGGUUGUUCUGCCCGCGUUGUUGGAGCAGGGUCACACUCGCCAGUGGCUCAAACGGCUUGUCCACGCCUGGACCUUCACAGCUGGAUACAUGCUGGACCUUCACUCCUACCUACUUGGGGACCAUGACGACGAUGACAACCAGCCAAACAACAACCCUCCCGGUCGCCACAACAACAACCGGAUCCCUGGCCUGGGUGAAGGGCUUCACGCUGCUCAUCAGGCCAUCCUACAACAGGGCGGUCCUGUGGGCUUCCAGACAUACCACCGGCCCAUCAACUUCCCGCUCAAGAUCAUUCUACUGGUUGCCUUUAUGUGUGUGACGCUGUUACUGGCUAGUCUGAUCUGCCUUACACUGCCGGUGUGUGCGGGUCGCUGGCUGAUGUCUUUCUGGAUGGGCAACGCCGUGGUUCAUGAGCUGUACACAGCAGCCAGUGGUCUGUACAUCUGUUGGCUGUCCAUUCGGGCUGCCACUGUGAUGCUGUCCUGGAUGCCGCAGGGACGGUCCGUCAUCAUGCUCAAAGUCCAAGAGUGGACAUUCAUGAUCCUGAAGACCAUUCUGGUGGCGGUGAUGUUAGCUGGGGUGAUUCCUCUGCUGCUGGGUCUGCUGUUUGAGCUGGUCAUCGUAGCUCCUCUCAGAGUUCCACUGGACCAGACGCCUCUCUUCUACCCUUGGCAGGACUGGGCUUUGGGCGUGCUCCAUGCUAAAAUCAUUGCUGCCAUCACACUGAUGGGCCCUCAGUGGUGGCUCAAAACUGUUAUCGAGCAGGUGUAUGCUAACGGUAUCAGAAACAUUGACCUCCAUUUCAUUGUGCGAGGGCUGGCUGCCCCUGUGAUCUGCGCCCUGCUGCUGUCUCUCUGCGUGCCCUACACCAUCUCUAAAGGCAUUACACCACUUCUGGGUGUGCAGCCAGAGAUGCAGAUGCUGGUGGAGAGGAGGAUCUAUCCCUUCUUGCUGAUGAUGGUCACACUGUUGGCCAUCCUGUCCUUCCAGAUUCGACAGUUUAAGCGCCUCUAUGAACACAUCAAGAACGACAAAUACCUGGUUGGACAGCGACUGGUAAACUAUGAGCGCAAGACAGGCAGGAGCACGUCCAGCUCCUCAUACAGCACCUCCUCAUAGACCUGACGCUGCUGCUGUGGGAUCAGUGGAGCUGACUCACUCUGCUCAGCACUGAGAGCUUUCAUCAGCUCCUGUGGUGAAACCUUAAUAUUUUCUCUCUGCUUGGCUGUCAAAUGUCAACUUCAAACACAGCCUGUAAACUUUUGACUGCAGUCCAGUCCUCUUAUUCACCAACACCUACUGCUGUCUGAGGUUGAGAGACAAAGACGUUGAAGAGUGAAGACAAAAUAGCCUUAAAACUCUUCACGGAAAAUUUUAAUUUCUGAACGAGGUUGUUAAUCAACCUGCUAAAACAGUCAGAAUGAGUUACAGUCUGUCCAUCCUGUUUAAUGUGUCUGUUUCUGUCUUCAACACAGCUGACAUUUUCAGUUGUCGUUACAUAAUUUUUAAAAGGUUUAAGUUGAAAUCAGGUCAGUUGAGCUUUUACCUCAGAUUGUACUUCCCUUUAUAUCUUUGUAAAAUCAUGUCUAGUUCACACUGAGUGUCUCUUAAUGUGACGUUUUUCACAUUUCAGAGCUACGGAGGAGAUAUUUGGACUAUAACAGGAACGCCUCUGUGGUCCUGUUCCAAUUGUUGGUUCAUCUCAAAUGACACCUUCAUCACAUUGAGGUUGUCAGUGAUGAGGAGGGGAAUACGUGAUGUAGCAAUGUGAUUUUUUUUUUGUUGUUUUUUUUUAAAUUUUUUUAGAUGUUUUUGUUAGACGGGUUUUCAUUGAUUUGUUUUUAGUUAAUUUUUGGAGUGAGUUGUUAGAUCCUCCGAGGAUUAUUCUGAAGUAAAGCUGUAGAAAAAGAAAGAAAAGAGAAGAAAAUGACAUUUUAGACAAUCUGGACACAGCCCAGGAUUUUUUAAAUGUUCCCUCAUGAAUGUCUUUGUUUUGUAGUAUCUUCUUGAGCAAAUCCACCUUAAGCAGAGGAGAGGUCAUUAACAUGAAGGAAUAAAAAGUCAUACAAAAAGAGAGGUUUGAACUAAGCAUGUUUAAACUGGAAAAACAGCCUCAGAACAUUUCAGAAUGUGCCUGUGUUACACCUUUUGGACUGACACUAAUUUUAUUGAAAUAUGUAUUCUUACAGAAUAAAAAAUAAUAAUUUAAGCUAGCUGGCCCUUAGUGGCUUAUAGUGGUGCUAAUCAGCUGUUCAGACUCCAGUCUGCAUUCUGUUAAUGGUUUGGAGACACUAAACAACUGUAUAAACAACAAAUAAAUGGAAUCUUGUUGAGUUAACUCAUCUCAGUUAGGCCACAGUAGCACUAGUACUGUAAUGGAGUACAAACUACUAAUGCAGGUUGGUUGUUGGCAACAGGCUGCCACAUUUGUCUCUUACGUUUUUUUAACUUACAAAAACUAAAAAAGGCUUUCCUUUUUCUGUACUGACAUCAAUUGACAUCUCAUCUUGUAAUCAAUUUAAGUCAGCAUAACCAGAUGUUUCUCAAACCCAUAUUUGUCCACUGGUGCAGAUAUGAAACAUACAUACAUUUACAAAAGAUGGGCAGUUUAAUAUAUGUGCUACAUAUAUGCUACAGGGUCUUUCUGUUUACACAGUUCAUUGCUUCUGAUUGGAUGAAGAUAUAUUUUCUUUGUAGCAAUCAGUUUUCACAUUACUUAAUAAGUCUUUACUAGCUAAAACAUUCCUUAAGUUUUAAUAGUGCAGUCUAUUUUUUGGAAAUUGUCUGGGUUGAAACUAGCUAAUUUUUACAAAACACUUAUGAUGACUUUACACACAAACGUUUUUCCAGUGGUAACGGAAGUGGUCUUUGUUUUGAGCAAGGUUACAUGCUACACCACUCGGAUAUUUACCAGCCUGAAGGAAAUCGAUGGAAAAACAAAUGAUAAACUGGCAGACCCUUAGCAGCUUACGUGAUUCUGAAAGCUAAUGUCAAACUAAAGAACGACGACGGGAGGCCAUAAAAACCUGCAAACAAAAUGCAUAGGAACGAGUGAAUAAAUAAUCAAAAUGUCUCCCAACUUUUUUAAAAUCACUUUGUUUCAAACAAGCUACUGUCAGAUACUAAAUGGAUUUUUAUUAAUUUUGGGUUGUAUUAUGCUGAAGAUUUAAAAAAGGAAAAGUCAAAACAGCAGGGGCUGUGAUAAUUUUGACUAUUCUGACAAAGGUCCCGAAAUACUGGUUCCUACAUUUACCUUAAUAGAACUGGAUAGCGUCACAUCAUAAGACCCUCCAUCCCUGGUAAACAUUCCUGUCUUUCAAAUUUAACAAAACAUCCACACCUCCAGUUUGUAAUGCGGACUGAUAACCCCGAUGACAUCACUCUGACAUCGACUGGGGUUAACCUCAGAUUCGACAAAGCUGCACCAGAGCCACAGAAAACAUUCAACAAGUGUGAGCUUUAUUUACAAAAUG